AUGGCGACCAAACGAAAACGAACUGAACUUGAUGUAGCAAUGAAACUCCGAUUGAUCGACGAUAUAGACAACGGGAUGAAACGAAUUGAAGUAGCUCAGAAAUAUGGUGUGGGAAGUCAACGCGAUAUGAAUCAGUUGAUGUUGGUGUGGUUCCGGACAGCGAGGGAUAAGAACAUCCCGAUUAUCAAACCAUUAAUAAAAGCAAAGGCGAUGCAAUUUGCAGAACAACUAAACAUAAUCGACUUUGGAGCAUCUGAUGGAUGGUUAACAAAAUGGAAACAACGAAACAAAAUCAAACAAGUGGCGGUAUGCGAUGAAAGAGGGGAUGUUGACCAGACCAUUGUAACUGAAUGGAAAAGCAAGAUUGCCGAUUUAUGUGCUGGUUACCAACCUGAGGACAUAUUCAACUGCGAUGAAACAGGCCUGUACUUUAGAGCACUACCAGACCGCACCCUAGCUGAGAAGCAAGAUGAUGUGACCGGAAUUAAAACUUCCAAAGACCGGAUUACUCUUAAACCUAUGGUAAUUAACCGAGCCGAAAACCCACGAUGCUUUAAGAACAUUAAGGAGGAUCAACUGCCUGUUGUAUGGAAAGCAAAUCGCAAAGCGUGGAUGACUGGGGCACUAUUCGAUGACUAUCUGAAUGACCUUAACCGUCAGAUGAAGUUUCAACGCAGACACAUAUUGCUGUUCCUCGACAACGCAUCUUCUCAUGUCGACGUUAAUAAAUCAAACAUGAAACUUGCAUUUCUUCCAGCAAACACCACAUCGGUCCUUCAACCACUAGACCAGGGCAUAAUCAAGGCAUUCAAGAGUCGCUAA